UUUUUCCCCUCCCCAUCCCCGUUUUUCCCCAAAUCGCGGAUUUUUCCCCCAAAUCCCGCUGCUUUCCCCCCAUGGCGCUCCGCUCUCCCUGAGCCCCGCGAUGCUCCGCGCCCCUCGGGCUGCGGCGCCGGGGUGGUCGCUCCUCCUUCCUCCUCCUCCUCCUCCUCCUCCUCCUCCUCCUCCCGCUGCUGCUGCUCGGAGCCGCUGAUCCCGCUCCGAGCCGAGCCGAGCCGAGCCGAGCCGGGCCGAGCCGAGCCGAGCCGAGCCGAGCCGAGCCGAGCCGAGCCGAGCCGGGCCGCGCAUCCCGGGAUAAGGAGCCCGAGCCCGCCGGGAUGGAGCGGGAAUGGCCGCGGGGCAAAGCGCGCCUGCCCUCGCUGCUGCUGGCGCUGCUGGGGCUCGGCCCAGAAUUGCUGUUCGGGCAGUCGCGGUCCCCGCCCCGGCAGGUGAACGGCGUCCUGGGCGGCUCGGUGCUGCUGUCGCCGUCGCUGCUGCCCAACCAGACGGUGAAGGAGAUCGAGUGGAGCUUCUCGGGGGGCUCCGGCGCCACCAUCCAGGUGGCCGAGGUGGGCCCGGCGGGGCUGGAGCGCCCGGACCCGCGGGACCGCUUCGGGCGCCGCCUGGAGCUGGUGAACGGCACCGCGCUGCGGCUGCGGGCGCUGCAGAGCGGCGACAGCGGCGUCUUCGGGGCGCGCAUCAAACUGCAGCCGGCCCUGGUGGAUGACCAGACCUUCAACCUGUCCGUCUACGAGGCCGUGCCCAGCCCCCGCACCCGCAGCCAGCUCCUGGCCAGCACGCUCGAGUGGUGCAACCUGACGCUGCAGUGCCAGGGCAGCGGGCGCGGCGCCGUCAAUGUCACCUGGCGGCGCGACAGCCUGGCCUGGGGCCGCCUGGGGCCCGGGCGCCACCAGCUGUCCCCCGACGGCACCACCCUGAGGGUGGCGCUGCCGCCCGCCGCCACCAACGUCACCUACGCGUGCACCGUCAGCAACCCCGCCGACCACAAGGUGGCCGAGUUCGACCUGCAGAGCCUCUGCCAGGGCGGAGGGGGUCCCUCGGCCUUCUCCACCUCGGGCUAUGUGGUUCUGUCCCUCAUCCUGGUGGCCGUGAGCCUCGGCGGCGCCUUCUGGUGCUGGAGGGUCAACAGCGAGAAGGCGGCCGAGGCAGCCGCCACGCCCACGGCCCCGCCCGAGGAGAGCCCCGCGGAGGCGCCGCCGUUCAGCGACAUCGUCUGCAGGAGCCCCCCCGAGGGCAACGACCAGAAACCUCAGGGGCCCCCCGUUGUCGCCCCACAGGGCCCCAGCCCCCCCGAGGCGCCCCAGGAGCCCAGCGAACCCCAAAAACCCCAAAAAGCCGAGGCCCCAAAGGAGCCCAGCGCACCCCAAAAACCCCAAAAAGCCGAGGCCCCAAAGGAGCCCAGCGCACCCCAAAAAGCCGAACCCGAGGCCCCAAAGGAGCCCAGCGCACCCCAAAAACCCCAAAAAGCCGAGGCCCCAAAGGAGCCCAGCGCACCCCAAAAACCCGAGGCCCCAAAGGAGCCCAGCGCACCCCAAAAAGCCGAACCCGAGGCCCCAAAGUCGCCGCCGGGGGGCACCGAGCAGAAAGGGCCCGAGGACACGGCCGAGGAGGUGACAUAGGGCCAGGUGAGCGACCCCAAAAACACCCCAAAACACCCCAAAAACACCCCAAAAACCAACCCAAGAACCAGCCCAAAAACACCCCAAAACACC